UGAGGCGGUUCCGCGACAACCAAAACAACGGCCCGGCCCGGCCCGGCAGCCCUUGCGCUCGCGCUCCGUCGCCACCUUCGCCGCCACCGCCGCCCGCUCGGGGCGUGAGGUGGGCGCGGACACCCUCCCCACCCACCCCCGUCCCGCUGCCGCCGCCAUGAAGCUCCGCGUACGGCUGCAGAAGCGAACGGCGGCCCUGGAGGUGCAGGGGGCGGAGCCAACGCUAGGGGAGCUGCGCGCGCAGCUGCGCCUGGCCCUGCUGCCCGCCUGGGGGUACAGUUCUGAUACCACGUUUUCAAUAACAUUGAACAGAAAAGAUGCUCUCACAGAGGAUCAGAAGACCUUAGCUUCAUAUGGGAUUGUUUCUGGUGAUUUGAUAUGCUUAUUACUAGAAGAGCCAGAUGGACAACCCAGCCUACUUCCUCCUCCUGAUACUUCUGCCCUACUUCAGAAUGGUCAUGAGCUGUCCACCUUGACCCCCAACAGCAGCCAGGCCAGCAGUCCAAGAGAAGGGCAGAAUGAGCAGUCUAACAAUGAGAAGGCUCAGGUGGAAGUUCAAGAGAGUGAUGAGAGGGCAGGAUCCAGCCAAGAAUUCCCUUCUGGUUUAGUCCCAGAAGAUCCUGACCUAGAAGAAGGUACAGGUUCCUUUCCCUCUGAACCUAUGCUGUGCAGCGAAGCUACUGAUGGUGAAACACCCCAUUCCUUAGAGAUGCUCUACCUUUCUGCUGAGUGUACCAGUGCCACUGAUGCCUUGAUCGUUCUGGUUCAUCUUCUCAUGAUGGAGACAGGCUAUGUACCUCAGGGGAUAGAAACCAAGGCAGUCUCCAUGCCAGAGAGAUGGAGAGGGAAUGGUGUUUAUAAGCUACAGUACACACAUCCCCUUUGUGGAGAAGGUUCUGCUGGUUUGACUUGUGUGCCUCUGGGAGAUCUUAUUGCUAUUAAUGCAACAUUAAAAAUCAACGAAGAGAUUAGAAGUGUUAAGAGAAUCCAGCUAUUGCCAUCAUCCUUUGUUUGCUUUCAGGACCCAGAGAAGGUUGCAGGAGUUUACAAAGACCUUCAGAAGUUGUCCCGUCUCUUUAAAGACCAGCUGGUUUACUCUCUCCUAGCUGCUGCCCGACAAGCUUUGAACUUGCCAGAUGUGUUUGGGUUAGUGGUCCUUCCUCUUGAACUCAAGCUUCGGAUUUUCAGGCUUCUGGAUGUCCGUUCCCUCAUCUCUCUCUCCGCUGUUUGCCGUGAUCUCUACACAGCUUCCAAUGACCAGCUUCUCUGGAGGUUUAUGUAUCUGCGGGAUUUCCGAGAUCCUAUUCCAAGGCCUCGUGACACAGAUUGGAAAGAACUAUACAAGAAAAAGUUGAAACAGAAGAAGGAAGCCCUGAGAUGGAGGCACAUGAUGCUUCUGCCCCCUAUACCUCAUCCAAUCCCCUUUCAUCCCAACCCAUUCUAUCCUAAUCCCUUUCCACCCAACCCAUUCCCAUCAAAUCCAAUCUAUCCCCCAAUGAUCAUUGGGGGAGAAUAUGAUGAGAGACCAACACUUCCAUAUGUUGGAGACCCAAUUAACUCACUCAUUCCUGGCCAGGGAGAAGCACCAGGUCAGUUUCCUCCAUUCAGACCACAUUUUGACCCCAUUGGCUCCCUGCCUGGAGCAAACCCUACGCUUCCCGGACGAGUUGGUUCCAGUGACAGGUUUCCACCUCGACCCAGCCGGGGCCGCCCUAUGGACAUUCGCCGUGCAUUCAUUUGAUUGCUGCUUUUUCCUGCAGAGAGUUCUGUGGUUGCUGAGCUUGCUUUCUAACUGUAGGAGAUUGCAAAUCCCAGGCACUAACAUCUGCCUUCAGAUUGUGUCAAGAACAUGUGUGCAUGGUGAUGUCCCAGCCGCAGAGGCUGGGUUUGUUUUGUGCUCUGGUAGUGCUGUAUCACCUGGCACUUAAGGUCUGUUCCUCCAAGAGCUACCACUUAGAGCAGUUUGUUCUGCUGCCCCCUCCCUUGCUCUUAAUUGUCUGUGAAGUGCUACUUAGAGACCAGAAUAACGGCCAAAUCCUUACUGCAUUAGAUAAAGAGCACUUUAAAUACAAA